UUUUGCAAUCAAUUCACUUUGAGUGUCCAUUUUCUACUUUAGGAAACCAACAUUAAGAAGAAGCAUUUAAAAUAGUAAGAAAACCAUUCCAAUCCCGCAUCUUCAGGAUUAUCUCCAAAAAUGGCUGAGGGGGCUAAUGUUCGUCAAAAUUUACAAAACAUUCCAUCGAUAUUUGAAAUUUCGGCAGCUGAAACAUUGGACAAUCUCAUCUAUCCGGCUCUCAGUAAAAUAUUCGACUAUUUGGGUUUACGUUUGGACUUUAAACUCACUGAUACCAAACGCUUCAGGGAAGAGAUAUCGCCCAUAGUUACAUGGUUGUUACAGUAUAUGUAUCUGCGGAAACGAGGUUCCUCUUUUGGUGAAAGUUUCUAUGGUCUGCAAAGAACGCACACAACCACGGGUGAAUUGUUGACAAGACAACAAGAACUAAUAUCAGCCUCCGUAUUAACACUCCUGCCAUAUAUUGAACGAAAACUAUUGACACGAGCACAGAAUCAUGAAGCAUAUGCCUGGGAAGAGUAUCUAUUGAAACUAUUCAAUGCUUAUAAGGCUUCCAAGGCGAUACACACCUUUAUGUACCUCAUCAAGUAUGCCGGUAGUCAUUCACCAAUAUUUCGUGCAUUGAGAUUAACGCUGCGCUAUCCAGCCACACCACCCAAAGAAGAUAAGGCUACAUAUAUUGUCUUAAAAUUGCUGGAGGUGCUGGCAUUCUUUUUGCAGUUUAUACAAUGGUGGUAUUCGAAUGAUCAACGGCGUAAAGUUGGUGGCUCAUUGGUGAAUCCUGAACCGAUGGAAGAACAACCGGAUAUGUUGAAAAAAUCCAACACCCCAAAGGGAGAUUGUCCCAUAUGCUUGAUGAAAAUCGAUAAUGCCACAGCGUGUUCGGUUUCAGGCUAUGUCUAUUGUUGGAAAUGUAUAAUAACACGUUUGAAGAAUCAUCCCACUUGCCCUGUUACGGGCUAUGCCAUAACUAUGGAAGAUCUAGUACGAAUUUAUGAAACUAAUUAGUAUUUUUUAUUUAUGAUUAAUAGUGUUUUAUUGUUCAUUAGUGUAAUAAUGGAUUAUGGGAUGUGAUAUUUAUUUUAGAAUAGACUUUGUAAU